AUGGAGGCGAGCGGCGUGCCGGUGCAGCAGCUGGCGGCCUGGGGCGCGUCGGGGGCCAUGGUGUUCGGCGGCGUGGUGCCCUACAUCCCGCAGUAUCGGCAGAUCCGCCGCACGCAGAACGCCGACGGCUUCUCCACCUACGUCUGCUUGGUGCUGCUAGUGGCCAACAUCCUGCGCAUUCUCUUCUGGUUUGGCAGGCACUUCGAGGCGCCCCUGCUGUGGCAGAGCAUCAUCAUGAUCAUCACCAUGCUGCUGAUGCUGAAGCUGUGCACCGAGGUGCGGAUGGCCAACGAGCUCAGUGCCAGGCGCCGCUGCUUCACAGCUGCAGACAGUAAGGAUGAAGAGGUGAAAGCAGCCCCCAGGAGGUCCUAUCUGGACUUCGACCUGCGCUACUUCUGGCACUGGAGCCAGUUCUCAGACUACGUGCAGUGUGUGCUGAGCUUCUCGGGCCUGGCAGGGUACCUCACCUACCUCUGGCUGGACUCCCCUCUCUUCGUGGAGCUCCUGGGCUUCAUGGCUGUCUUCAGCGAGGCCCUGCUGGGGCUGCCGCAGCUCUAUCGCAACUACCGCAACAGCUCCACCGAGGGCAUGAGUGUCAAGAUGGUGCUGAUGUGGACCAGUGGGGACACCUUCAAGACUGUUUACUUCAUUCUGAACCAGGCCCCUUUCCAGUUCUCCAUCUGUGGGCUCCUGCAGGUUCUUGUGGACGUGGCCAUCCUGCUGCAGGUCUACUUGUACAGCUCGUACCCUCAGAAGCCUGUGUCCCACCCCAUGCACCCAGCCAGCACCAAGGCCUUGUGA